UGUUGCCCAGCAACCAGAAUCAGCACAUUUCUGGGAGGUCCUGUGUGGAUGGCAGCGGCUCGGAGCGAAGAGACGCAGAGAGCGAGAGGCAGAGGAUCCCGGAGAAGGAGACGGAGACGGGGGGGAGGCGGUGCGGGGUUCGACUUGGAGCGGGGACAAAACGGGGAGAAAUGAUGCCGUGAGGCUGGAGAAGGAGUGAGAGGAAAGUUUGUUCCUGCGGCGGAAGGAGGAGAGGGAGUCCGUGCCUGUUAAGACGCUGUGGGUUCCUCUGUUCUCACCUGGGCUCCGUUCCGCUACCUGUGCCCUCCCGGAGAGAGAGGUGCAGAGCUUCGGCCACAGCAGAGGUGUCUCGGAGGACCCUGAUCUGACGCACUGUGUUCGGGGACCGGCACGGAGGACAGACUGACUGGCUGACCUAAAUCGGUGCUAAAAGAGCGACGAGGCAGCCAAAAUAGAGCUUAAAUUAGGGAGUCAGGCACUGAGAUUGGUCACAGUGUCCAAACGGCUCCCGAGGAAGGUUUCUCUGAGAGGCCUGGUCUCCUGGCUCUCAGGUGAUGACCGAGACGUUUCCAGCGGUCAUGUGGUCUCUCUGGGCGGGUUAAAACCGCUCCGGCUGUCGUCCGGGCUUGGAGCUCCUGAGGGGGACACGUCCCGAGGGACUCGGCAGGGACUCGCGGUGCCAUGGUGCUCUUUUGACGGCGACGCGUCCACCGCUCUUCCGCCCCGCUGACCGCCUUGAGCCGAGGAUGUGGAAGUUUAAAGCCUUCUGCCUGGAUUACUGGCACGUGCUGUGCUUGCACCCACACAACAACUUCUACAAGAGUGUGGAAGGGGAUGGACGGCCCAACGAGAGCGGCCCUUCCCUGGAUGGCGGUGCCAGCUUCGGCCAGGGACCGGUGACUCACGGCUCGGCCAUCAGCCCCGACCGAUUUGACAGCCCGCUCUACAGCCACGGGGUCCAGCCCGGGCCUCAGAGACCCCGUCGGCCCAAGCUUCAACACUCGCAGUCCAUCCUCCGGAAGCAGGCCGAGGAGGAGGCCAUCAAGCGCUCACGCUCGCUCUCUGAGAGCUACGAGCUCUCCGCUGACCUCCAGGACAAACAGGUGGAGAUGCUUGAGCGUAAAUAUGGUGGACGAUUCAUAACCCGGCAUGCGGCUCGCACCAUCCAGACGGCUUUCCGCCAGUAUCAGAUGAACAAGAACUUUGAACGUCUCAGAAGCUCCAUGUCUGAAAACCGCAUGUCCAGACGCAUUGUCCUCUCCAACAUGAGGAUGCAGCUCUCGUUUGAGGGCCCCGAGAAAGUGCACAGCUCCUACUUUGAAGGGAGGCAAGUGUCGAUGACGGAGGACGGCGCCCCGCUGUCCAUGAUGCCGUCUGAACGUGGAGAUAUAGAGGUGCACCAACAGGCCAACAUGGCGUCUCACCCAGCACCACAAGGGGACUUGACGGACGCCAUCACAGAGCUGGAGGACGCCUUUUCCAGGCAGGUCAAAUCUCUGGCGGAGUCGAUAGAUGAUGCACUGAACUGUCGCAGCCUUCAAGGGGACGAGGAUCCGGACCAAUCGUUGGCAAUGGGCUGCUCCAAGGGGGGAAGGGAGGUGCCCUAUCAGGGGAAGUCCCACCGCAGGGCAGCUGGACGAUUGCACGACGAUACGUUGGCGUCCUAUAGCGACGUUACCCUAUUCAUCGACGAGGAGGACGUGUCCCCCUCUAGCGUUCUGUCCAGGUCAGGGGAACAGCCCUCCAGCACAGAAUCUGACUUGCGGUUGCGGUCGGUCAACUCCUCACAGGACUACUGGCCUAUGGACCCCAAAGAUGAGGGUCGCGAUACAGACACGAGCUGCCGCAGCACUCCUUCUCUGGAGUGCCAGGAGCAGCGUCUCAGAAUGGACCAUCUUCCUUUGUUGACCAUCGAGCCUCCCAGCGACAGCUCGGCGGAGCACAGCGACCGGUCCGACCGCGGCUCCGUCAAGCGGCCGCCGGCGUACGAACCGCACGGCCACAUCGUGAGGUCGUCCCAGGCCAGCCCCAAACACAUUUCCCACGGGCCCCCGACGCGAGGCUCCUCCCGCGACGACGACGCGCCCCUGCGCCACCGCCACCGCCAGCUGGAGGGCCAGCUGGCCAUCAACGGCUCGGCCAACAGGCAGAGCAAGUCCGAGUCCGACUUCUCGGACGGGGACAACGACAGCAUCAACAGCACGUCCAACUCCAACGACACCAUCAAUUGCAGCUCCGAGUCCUCGUCGAGGGACAGCCUGCGGGAGCAGACGCUCAGCAAGCAGACGUACCACAAGGAGACUCGCAACAGCUGGGACUCGCCCAUCUUCAGCAACGAUGUCAUUCGCAAGAGACACUACCGCAUCGGCCUCAAUCUCUUCAACAAGAAGCCAGAAAAGGGCAUCCAGUACCUGACGGAGAGGGGAUUCAUCCCAGACACACCGGUCGGCGUGGCUCACUUCCUGCUUCAGAGGAAAGGAUUGAGCAGGCAGAUGAUCGGAGAAUUUCUGGGAAAUCGGCAGAAGCAGUUUAACAGAGACGUCCUCGACUGUGUGGUGGAUGAAAUGGACUUCCAGAGCAUGGAGCUGGACGAGGCUCUCAGGAAAUUUCAGAACCACAUCCGUGUUCAGGGCGAAGCCCAGAAGGUGGAGCGGCUCAUCGAGGCUUUCAGCCAGCGCUACUGUAUCUGCAACCCCACAGUGGUGCGGCAGUUCAGGAACCCCGACACCAUCUUCAUCCUGGCGUUCGCCAUCAUCCUCCUCAACACAGACAUGUACAGCCCCAACGUCAAACCCGAGAGGAAGAUGAAGAUGGAGGACUUCAUCAAGAAUUUAAGAGGUGUGGACGACGGGGAAGACAUCCCUCGGGAGACUCUGGUCGGCAUCUACGAGAGGAUCCGUAAGCGAGAGCUCAAGACCAACGAAGACCACGUCUCGCAGGUGCAGAAGGUUGAAAAGCUCAUUGUGGGGAAGAAACCAAUCGGAUCGCUCCACCACGGCCUGGGAUGUGUGCUGUCGCUGCCCCAUCGCCGGCUGGUGUGUUACUGCCGUCUGUUUGAAGUGCCGGAUCCCAACAAGCUCCAGAAGCUGGGCCUGCAUCAGCGGGAGAUCUUCCUGUUCAACGACCUCCUCGUGGUAACCAAGAUCUUCCAGAAAAAGAAGAACUCUGUGACGUACAGCUUCAGACAGUCCUUCUCGCUGUAUGGGAUGCAAGUCAUAAUGUUUGAAAAUCAAUAUUACCCAAAUGGGAUCAGACUUACGUCAGCCAUACCAGGUGCGGACAUCAAAGUCCUCAUCAACUUUAAUGCGCCCAACCCCCAGGACCGCAAGAAGUUCACAGACGACCUGCGGGAGUCUAUCGCCGAGGUCCAGGAAAUGGAGAAAUACAGAAUAGAGUCCGAGCUGGAGAAGCAGAAGGGGAUGGUGAGGCCCAGCAUGUCGCAGAGCUCCGGCCUGAAGAAGGAGGCCGGCAACGGGAACAUGAACCGCGCCAGCCUGGACGACACGUACGCCAUGGGGGAGGGCCUGAAGCGCAGCGCCCUCAGCAGCUCCCUGCGAGACCUCUCCGAAGCAGGCAAGCGGGGGCGUCGCAGCAGUGCAGGAUCACUAGACAGCAAUAUGGAAGGGUCCAUCAUUAGCAGUCCACACGCGCGCCGGAGAGACGCCGCGCCGCGCGAGGGCGCACCCCAUCGCGGCCAUCCGGCCGCCCCCAACCCGGCCUCCACCUCCACCUCCAUCCUCGGGUCGCUCUUCGGCAGCAAGCGAGGCAAGCCGUCACCCCACAGCCACUCCCCUUUCCCGGCCCCCGCCCAGCCCACCCUCAUAUCCCACAAGCCCCACCCGACCAACCUGCACCACACGGCGCAGGUGGCGCACACGGUGCAGCUCCACGGCCACCACGCCCCGUACUGCCCCACGGCGCCGCAGAACCCGCCGCCCUACCACCACCACCACCACUACCACCCGCCGCCCCACGCGCAGUACCACCAGCACCCGGGCCACGCCCCCCACUCGCAGCCCGGCCACUACGGCCAGCAUCCCCACCACGCCUCACACCCCCAGCACGCCGCCGCCGCCGCCCACCACCACCACCACAGUCAGCAGGCGGGCUCGGCGCCAGGCGGACCCAAAGCCAAACACAGUGGCAUCAGCACCGUAGUGUGACGCUGCUCCCCACGCGAGGGAGGAGAACGUGAGGAGCGGGGUGGGGGGGGGGGGGGCUUGAAGACUGAGGUUACACCAAAGGGACUUGACGAGCAUAUCUUUUUACGGCCUGUCCACUGUGUUUUUCGCCGCUGCUUUUACUAGCUUGCCUGAUCACGGGCGUGGCCCGAGAGAGGGGGGUGGGGGUUCUCUGCAGGGAGAUGCUCUGUUUUCCACCCCCCCACACACACACACACACACACUCUCACCUUCCCGUAAUCAGAGGGCGAGACGCCCCCCCCCCCCCCCCCCCCCCCGAGGCGAGGACGCGGCCCGACUGUUUUCUCCGUCACUCUUUGCUGGUCGUAGUUCCUUUGAGGCUCUGGCAAGUCGACCCUUGGGGUUUGCAGACCCCUUCCAUCAUAUGAACGCAUUUUUUUGUGGUGGCGUCCCGUGAUCACUUGGACCCGAGGACAGUGGACCGCCCGGGGCGACCGUCAUCGUAGUUCUAGUGCUGUAUUUACUGUAGAUGACAGCUGUGUGUGUUGUCUCCUAGCUCCCAUAAAUAAAUGUGCCAAUUAUUAAUACAUAAUCUAUUUAGUCAAAACUUCAUGUACAGUAUAUUGUGCGUAAAGUAAUUUGUAAGAUUAUACUUACAAUUAUUAUCAGCAAAAAUGAAUCUUAUCAGUAUUACGCUGAGUGUGUGGUGACAGGAUGGAGAUCUGAAAGGAGUGAACUCCUCCAUUCGGUCCCGGCCCAUAAAUCUAUUCUGGAUUCGCCUUUCCAAAGGAGCCUCUGGGUGGCAGCUGUUGCAUUCGGGGGCCUCAAAAGGCUGCGCCGCCGCCUCCAAAAACAGACUUUUCCUGUCAACUCCUGUCAGGCGCGGGUGACGAACUGGACCCGGGUGGUUGCUUUCCAUCUCGGUCUGCUUCUCACACUGUGGCUGCUUAAAGUCGCGGAGGUCAAGGGGCGAAAAGGACAUUUUAAAUGCACUCUGAGGCUCGGCUCAGAUGUUUCGAAUGAACCCACAGAACGCGUUGAACACGUCAAGUCUGUUGCCUUGAAACAUGCGACAGCUGCUCUCUGGAUUCUUUAAGUCUAAAAAAAAAAAGAAACCCUAUCUAAUUAUUUUGCCUUCUUUAGUCAAUUUCUUUCAUUCGCCAACAAGGUGAGUGGAUAAAAUUAAAAUCUAGUAUUUUUUUCAUAUGUGCAAUAUCUUUGUACUGAUUUUGUACAUUAACAACAAGCGAAGUGUCCCUCCGAUUUGUGCGUUUUCUUUUUUUGCUUCAUGUUGCGUCACUAUUUAUUUAUUUUUGUUUUUGACCCCUGUCCAAGUCCUUUCUUAGUAAAUUAAUGUGUGUCUGUCCUCGUGGUCUUUACGGAGGCACCGACUUGGAGUUGAGUGGAAUGUCUAGUAAGUGAUUUUUUGCAUGUAAUGUUAUAAUGUGAGGCUGUCCUCUGCACAUUGUAAAGCAAAUCAGUGUUACCAUAGCAAGUUUAAGUGCAAUCAUCAGACUUGUACUUUGAGUGGAGGUCUGUUCUCUUGUUGUCCAGGAUGGGAUUCAGGUGAAGAAAUAUAUAUCCUUUAUUCAUUUAAGAAUAUAUAAAUACUUACUUACACAGUUCACGGUGGAAAGAGGAAUGUGUGUAUAUAUAUUUUAAUAAAAGGAAAAUGCUUCUCUUUGGGCUGAACAAAAAUAUUUUGCUGGAUAAGCACAUAUGAAAGAACACUUUCAUUUUCUUCAGGAAACGCAGGUAUGAUACAAAAUGCAAACUGAACAAAGGAACUGGGUAUAUAUGUAAAGAAUAACUUUCUACAUUCUACAAAUAAGAGUCUAUUCUAGUGUGUACAUUAGUGACAGUGAACUGUUUGUCCCAAUAUUCAGGUUGUAAAUGUAUUUUAACAUUCACAAAGAAAACCAUUGCCAUAAGUCAGGCUUGUUCUCACACAUUUCUCGUCACGGGAGUUACCAUGGAAACAACGGAUGACAGACAUAUCACAUAUUGGAACUCAAAGAUCAGUUGAAUGUGUCUAUUUUUUAUUUUUGGUUCUAAUUCUGUAGUUUUUGGGUGAUGUAAACCCCAGAUUAACUUUUGAUGUGUGUUGUAGUGCUUCAAAUGUCCACAGUCAGUCUUUGUGAGAAAGAAUCCCAACGAUGCACUGCACGGAUCGUCAUGUGUCCUGUGUCCUGUUCACUGUGAGCUGAUGGCCUGCGGGUGGGGUGGGGGUGGGGGGGUAAAAAGAAAUCGGCAUAUGCAUUUUGGUUUUGAUUCAUUUUGAAUUUCCUGUUGUUGCCCUAUGUUAGGCUGAUGGUUACAUGAAGCUCAGCAUGCAUUUCAUCAACUAAGCCAUCGUGUAAAUUACAAAUAUAAAGAUGUGUUGCUGAGGGCUUUUCAUCGUGUAAAUAUAUGGGAUGUUGGUGGUGAGAGACCAAUGGGUUAAAGCAGCUGUACAUAAUGUGUAUAUGAUCAGAACGAUAUUCUGAUACCUGCAGUAAGGCUCACGAUGUACAUACAUGACCUCGCGGGUGGAUUAGAGGGGUCGAUCUAUGAACAUGUCGAUUGUCUCAGCCUCCAGCUCAUGAACUCUGCCGUAGGAAUAAAGAAAAGACUGUUAGAAAGUUUGCUGCCAUUUACAUCCAGCUCUUUUUUUCAUACAUGCAACCCCCCCCCCCCCCCCCACCCACACACACACACACACACAUCCUGCUGAAAGCUGUUCAGUCUGGAGUUGGACACAUUUUAAGAAGAGGAAAAUACAAGAAUGGCCUCGUUUAUAUGUGCAUUCUGUUUGUACAGUGAGUAGUGAGUCAGUAAGACCCCAGUUAUUGUAAAACUUCCAACUGUGACCAUGUUGAGAACACAAAAUAAACAAAUAUAUGACUUAUGGUAA